AUGAAGUUUUGGACGAAUCUCUUGCGCCCAACCGCAACCACAGUAGCGAGAAUGGUUGACGCCUUCGAGUUCUACAGUGAAUACAACGGCCAUCCCCUGCGGAGCCUUGAUACUCUCUACAACGCAGUGCGCGAGCAAGCACCGGAGCGACCUAUCGUCUAUCUAGCAGGCGAUUCCUCGCUGGACAACAAGCACUGGCUCUUCCCCAAGACGGACCCAAAUGACCUUCUGCAAGACAAGUAUGCAGGUUCCGCUCCACCACUGUACCAAUCCGUGUUGCAGCCACCUCGAGCAAUACGCGAUGUAGCCUUCUGGAUGAACGAGAAGCUAGGUGCCCGAGCAACGACGCUGAACUGCGCCAUCGAGGCUACAACCCUUGCCAACCGUGACAGAGGAAAGCUGCUCAAGCAGGACCAGUUCGUGAGGGAUCACAUCUCGCAACGCGACUUCCUGGUCGUGUCCGUGGGCGCGAAUGAUAUCGCGCUUGCGCCUACGCCAGCAACGAUCGAAAACAUGGGUCGAUUACUCCAGUCUCCCCUCGCCGACAUUAACAAUGGAACCGCGCCAGGCAUGCCGUACUUUGUCCACCUGUUUCGUGACAAAAUCCGUACCUACGUCGAGGCUUUGAUUCAGAAGAACAAGCCGCGCGCGGUGAUGGUGUGCAUGAUCUAUUAUCCCGAUGAGAACUCCCACGACUCAGCACCAGGAUGGGCAGAUUCCACUUUGGCUAUGAUGGGAUACGAUGCCCAGCCGCAACGCCUCCAGGCGGCUAUCCGCAAGGUAUAUGAGCUUGGGACGAAGGAGAUUGCUAUCCCAGGGACUCGGGUGAUUCCUUGUCCGGUCUUCACGAUGCUGGAUGGAAAGACGUCUGCGGAUUACGUUGCGCGUGUCGAGCCGAGCAUUCAGGGUGGCAAGAAGAUGGCGGGCUUGAUAUGUGACUUCCUGAGCACGCAUCUAGAGAGUCUGCACGAAGAGCUAUGA